AUGAUGGAGCAGUCAAAUUCAUUGCUCUUAAAUGAGGAGGCGCUGAAUCUUUGUACAGAUUCCAGAAAACCUGUUUUUGUAUAUGAAUGGUUGCGGUAUCUUGACCGCAUAUUACCCGCUGCACAAAAGACUGAUAUAAAAACUGUACAGAAGAAGCUUAUUGAGCAGUUGACAUCACGCGUUUUAACUGCACCAGGACCACCCACCAGGGAACUAUUGGCAAAAUGUAUUGCACAGAUAUAUUCAGUUGGAGACACAUAUAGUCUUUUUGAAACAAUAAAUACCUGUAAUGAUAUUCUAAAAGGACGAGAUGAUUCCCCCACACAUCUCUCAGUCAAACUGGCUGCUUUGCAAUGCUUGGGAGCAAUGUAUGAAGCAUUAGGUAGAUUGGUAGGUCGAAGUUAUGAAGAAUCUUUCCAUCAUAUGUCGAGAUGGUUGAAAAAUGCAGAGGUUAAACAUAUUAAUGGUUAUAUUACUGAAAGAGCGUGUCAAGGGGUCGAGUGGUCAAUUGGGUUGGUUUGCAUGCGAACGUUAGUCGGCAUUGACCUGACAUUGACGAAGCUUGAGUCGCAAGGACGCGCCGAAUUACUGUGUACAUUCGCUAAAAUGGUGAAAGGCUUAGGCGUUGGUGCAUCUUCCAUUCACAAGGAUCUGUAUAAAAUUCUAAAAACACACAUGUCAGAUCGGGUUAUGAUCGUUAGAGUGGCUGCAAUUAAUUGUCUUACUGUAUUGAUCCCAGAAUAUCCAUUUUUGUAUACGAACGAAGUGGAAAGUAUUGGUACACUGUGUUUCAAGGCUCUUGAAUCAAGUAAUUAUGAAGUACGUCAUGCAGUGGCACAACUAUUUGCUGCAUUAUUGUGCACUGCUAUGAAUCCUCCAAGACGGUACAUGUCUGGAAGUAAAAAUCAACACAAUGCAUCGUCCGUGAAAGCGAUAACAAUUGAGGAUUGUUUCGGUAUUCUGUUGCAUGGCUUUUUAAGGGGUGGCAUUGGUGGCUUUUUAAAAACAAGUACUGUUGCAGUUACUGGUGGACAAAAAGAAAUACGAAUUGGAGUUGCGCUUGCUUAUGUUGCGUUGUUCAGAGAGCUUGGUCCACUAUGGUUGGAACGGAAUCUUGCAGUUGUUAUUAAACAUUUAAUGGAUAUCAUUGCAAAAUGCGCGCCGUUAGCUUAUACGAACAACUCUUUCCAAGCUAUUGAAGUGGUUUACAUGCGACGGUGUAUUGGUUACAUAUUACGGAGUACUGUUGGUACAAUUCUGGGUGAGCAAGCGCAAAUUGCCGUUUGCAGACAGCUGGGUGCAAUUUUAGCCGAUUAUAUUAAUUCUUUCGCUGAUUACAACGUCGAUCCUGGAGCUGAAAGAAUACUUGGACCUGAAGCACAUGCUAGCGCACAAAUAGCAAUUGUAAUUUUGUCUGAGAUUUCAUGUUUAGUUCGGCAAAUUGGUACUGCAGUGACACCUCUUUUCACUGAGGCAUCAGGUAUAAUGGAACCCGUUUUCGCUUGCCUUCUGCAUCCAAUCCAAGCUGCUCGAAUAGCCGCUUCAUGGUGUUUGCGAUGUGUAACUGUUAGCGUUCCGUCACAGUUGACUCCUCUAAUUGACCGCUGUAUCAACAGAUUGGAACAUAUGAAGAGCUGUGGUGAUGCAGUCAGUGGUUAUUCGUUUGCGCUAAGUGCUCUUCUUGUAAGUUCGAUGGAAUGUAAGCUCGGCAUUCCGCAUGCCAAAUCGAGGCAAGUUUUUACAGUCGCUGAAGAUAUGAUAAGAACAGCAUCACAAACAAGUAGUUUGGCACAAGUUAAAUCACGGGCUGGUUGGAUUCUUAUUGCUGCUGUCCUUAAACUUGAUGGAACUACUGUACAAGAUUGUAUGGGACGUCUUUUACCGUUGUGGAAAAGUUCGUUUCCGCGAUCAGUAAAGGAAGCAGAAACUGAAAAAAAUCGUGGUGAUGCAUUUACAUGGUUGUGUACUCUUGAAGCUCGUGCUGGUGCUUUGACAUCAAUGGCUAUGUUUGUAGAAUACUGUCCAAAUCUGAUGACCGAUCAUAUCAUCAGAACGAUCGUUCAGGCUGUGGAAUGCUCGCUGGUCACCAUUUCACAUAUAUCUACGCUUCUCAGAAGUUUUGGGACGAAGUUACGUACUUUGAUGACAUUUGUACGUAUUCGAAUAUAUCAAUUGCUCAAUCAUAUUUCUCCGAAGUAUUAUGAAUAUACAUAUGCUUCGUUGCUGCGUGAAUUAGUUGCGGACUUAACUCUUUCGGAUAAUGGGCAGUCAACUGCUACUACAUCCAUAUUGUCAUCGCUUUGUCCAGGUGUAGAUAAGUCAUUAUUUGGUGCGUGGCUGAAUGACACAGACGAGGCUUUUAUUGAGCUUGAGAUGCAUCCAUCACAGAACUUUGCUUGUGGUACCAUCGAUAAUGAUCCUCUUUGUAUUGUAAAAGUUGCGGUCGAUGAUGCCCUAUGGUGGCCUGAGCCAUUGUGUCACACUGUAAUGGUAAUCAAUGCAGCGAUAAAUUUAUAUGGUCGAAUAUAUCCAUUUGCACCACCGAAACAUCAGCUGCAGAUGGCUGAACACUUUGCUAAAUGUAUCAAAGGAACCAAAAAUAUAGUGCGACAGCAAUCAAUACAAAAGAAUAUUUUCGGCUGUUUGCUUACAUCAUUCAAAACUGUGUCGGAACAAAAAGGUCUACGUUUGGAAAACCAAGCACUGCAGAAAGCUUAUAUUGAUUUAAUAAUUCCAUGUCUGUCACAUGCAAAUUCCCUAAUAAGGUGUGCAGCAGCAGAGGCAUUGGGUCGUUUGGCACAAGCCGUUGGUGAUGCUCAGUUUGUGGCGAGCAUGGCGCAGUAUAGUUUUGAUAAAUUAAAAAGUUGUCGCGAUGCUAAUAACAGAACAGGUUUUGCUCUAGCUCUUGGCUCACUGCAUCGUUAUGUAGGGUCUCUCGGCAGUGGUCAGCACCUGAAUACUAGUGUUUCGAUCCUGUUAGCCUUGGCGCAAGAUGCUACUUCAUCUUUAGUACAGUCAUGGUCACUGGUUGCAUUGGGUUUGAUUGCUGAUACCGGUGGCGGAAUGUUUCGUGGUUAUGUUGAACCAAGCUUAAGUCUGUGUUUAAAAUUGUUACUGGAUACACCACCUGCGAAUGUUGAUGUAAUACAAUGUACUGGGAAAUUCGUGUCUGCGUUGAUCAACACGAUGGGACCGGAGUUACAGUUAGUUGGCGCUGUGGAAGGAACGAGAACAUCAUUCUUGAUCGCAAGUGUUAUGAUGUUGAAUAGCAGUGAUUCUCUGGUUCAGGCAGAAGCAAUAUCAUGUUUACAGCAACUUCAUCUCUUUACACCCCGACAUGUACAUCUUGAUCGAUUGGUUGUUCGACUUUGUAAGCUAUUGUCGAGUCCACAUUUGAUUUUGCGAAAAGUAUCUGUUUGUUGCCUAAGGCAACUUGUCCAACGUGAGGCGAAAGAAGUGCGUGAGCACGCUCAAACUCUUGUGCCGCAGGGAAUCAUGAAUAAUAUGGGACGGAAUAAUGUGGAGUCAAGAUUACCAGAAACUGGUUUAGAAGGCGCUCUUCUGGCUAUGCUCGACGUUGAAAGAGAUAUUGGACUCAAACAAGAUAUUAAAGAAACUUUAAUUUCGCUUGUUCAAGCCGCAAGCAGUGAUUUUUUAAGCUACUGGUUAUCUUUAUGUAAAGAUAUUUUGGCAUCAUCUGCGGGUGCCGAUGUGCGAAGUGCUAUGCAGGUUGAGGAGAAGGAUAGCGGUGGCACCAAAGAUGAGGAAGAUGAGCAUGAGAGCAUCGAUGACGACGUAACGCUGCAAUCAGCAGCAGUAGUAAGUCGAGAGGAGAAAAUGAAAGUAAUACCGCGCUGGCCAAGUCGAGUAUUUGCUACAGAGCUUGUGCAAAGGGUGAUGUCUGUCUGUGAGACCGAACGAGCACAUUUUGACCUUGCUCUUGCUAAGGAAUUGCAGAUUUCUUCUGGUGGUCGAGCCGAUUACUUAGUUCUUCAUUUGUCCGAUUUAGUACGGAUGUCAUUUAUGGGGGCAACCAGUGAUAAUACUAAUUUGCGCCUUGCCGGAUUGGCCUGUUUGCAAGAUGUAAUUACUCGAUUCUCAUCGAUUCCAGAACCUGAGUUUCCUGGACAUGUGAUCCUAGAGCAAUUCCAAGCACAGGUAGGUGCAGCUUUGCGACCGGCAUUUACAGCUGAUACUCCUAGUGAUGUUACUGCUGCUGCCUGCCAAGUAUGUAGCACUUGGAUCGGCAGUGGUGUUGCUCGAGAUCUAAAUGAUUUGCGACGGCUUCUGGUUUCAUCCCUUGGCAAACUAACUCAUGGCUCAAUCAAUACGCAACUUUAUAGCGAAAGUGCUGCAACUUUAGAAAAAUUGGCAAUUCUAAAAGCUUGGGCAGAAGUUUACAUUGUUGCUGUUGAGCAAAAAAAGCAGAAAAAUGUUACGGAUGUUACUGCGAUGAAAAAUGAAGAUAAGUGCAGCUAUUUGCAAGAAAGCUUGCUAAGCUUGGUUUCUCCCGAGCUCAAUUCGUUAAUUAAUUUCUGGUUAGCAGCCUUACGUGACUCGGCUCUCCUUUCACUUCCGCCUGAAUUCAAGUCCCAGUUACCACCAAAAGGUGGGACGUACUACACCGCCGAGUGUGCAGAUUUCUGCAAGGAACAUUAUCGAGCUAGUUGGCCUCCAAUAUUGCUUGCUGCCUGCACAUGGUUAAAGCAGAAUGAUUUUGAACUUCAACAAAAUUGCGAUUAUAUGGAGAAUAUCACGACAGAUAAGGCAAGAGAAACUCAUUUUUAUAUAAUGCUAGGAAUAUGCAUUGAAACUCUUUGUUCAAAUCGUGCACAUUCUGUGGGAGAUUUAACCGUUCAGCUUUGUCUGCGAUCAUUGAGGAAUCUUUUGGCUUGCAAUUGGUCACGAAGAGUUUUAAUGAGAAAUAUUCAAUUAGCAAUAGAAGUGGUAAAUGUACUUUACAGGCUUAUUUUGACUCGGGAAAAUUUGCGAACUCAGCAGCUUUGUGCAGACGUAGUAAUGACAGUUCUUGAUGCUGCGCAGUACUCGAUAACACUCCACGAUGAUGAUAAAGAUAAUGAAAAUAACAUUUCGGAACAAAAAAAUGCAAUUAAGGAGGGCUAUAAAGGAGCAGAAGGAACGGCUGAUGGUCUACAACCUGCAAGUUCUUUAGCAUUUGCUGUUUUGGAAGUCGCUCUUUGUCUUUUGAUUCCGCAAAUCAACUCAGCACUGAUGAAAAGUAAAUCAGCAGCCCCACUUCAUUACCGGAGGUAUUCUCGUCUUCCGGUUGAAUCAAACAGUCUCAUAAAAAUGGGUCUCAAUAUUCUCAUUCGUAUUCCAAUGCUUUGCUCAUCGGAUGGUGUUAUUGUGGUUCUUCCAAGCAUUCUAUACUUAAUUUUGGGAGUUUUACAUGAAUCUUCUCUCAUGGACAAGGAGCAGUUAGUUCCUGAUGUUCCAUUUGGGCAUGUUUCUAUCGCUGCAGCUACAGCCAUGCAGGCAUUGAAAGCAUUGCUGACCGCGGCUCCAAUUGAUUCUACAUUUUCAAAAUGGAUGUCAGUAAUGAAAAGUGCUCUGAUUUCACUGAUUAAUAUGGCUGAAGAUUCGAAAGUUGAUGGUGCAGUGAUAAUGUUAGCAGUUGCAGUAUUUAUCACUUCAUCACCACCUGAAUUGGUUACGGGUAACUUCAGUCUUCUGGGAAGAAUAUGCAAGUUAUUCCAAACAUAUUUGGAAAGUGAACAUAAGCAGGUAGUGGUUAAAUGUAUGCAAAGCCUGGCUUCCAUUUUCGGACGACGCGAAAUAUGUCAUCCAUUUAUCGCAGAACUUGUUCCUAAAGUACUGAAUAGAAUUCGACCGUUUGUGGCAAGUUUUUUGAAGGGGAGUGCAGAAAUUCCAGAAUCGGAAGAGGUGGUCAUUGUCCAAGAAGCAGUACGCAUUUUAGAAGUUGCCCUUUUGGUGGCUGAUCAAAAGAAACAACUGCCAAUUGUAAAUCUUAUUAUCCAGUUGCUAGGCACUUUUUUAUGUGAAGAUCCAAUUAUGUACUAUCGACAACUGCCGGCAUCUACACGUAAAUUGCACGAUUAUGCACUUAAUAGAUUGAAUGUAAUAGGUCCUGCCUAUCCGGAAGAAUUCAAAAAAGUGUUGUUGUGCUUUCCAGUGCUCAAAUCGAAGAUUGAAGGAUCCAUACGACAUCAAAACAAUCGUACAGCAGCCGCACAGCAAACACAACGCGGUGCAGGAAAGUGUGAACAAAUGCCAUUAUCAGUUCCAAAAUCGGCAGCUAUAAGAUUGAAAAUGGAUUUCAGAGCUUUCAGUCCUGCUAAUUAA